UAGCGCUGCAGUUCGUUUUCGCAUUUGUGCUGUUGAUGCGGCUUUAAAACUUGCGCCUUCAAACUGAGUUUGCCCUUUGGAGAGCGUAUAACUUUCUCUCGAUCGUGUGAUUUUCGGCAGUUAAGUUUUAAUUUGGAACUAAAAUAAAAAUCGAUAUAUCACGAUGUCUUCGGAUCGUAAAGCUGUGAUCAAGAAUGCUGAUAUGUCAGAAGAAAUGCAACAAGAUGCUGUGGAUAUUGCAACUCAAGCAUUAGAAAAAUACAACAUUGAAAAAGAUAUUGCUGCUUACAUCAAGAAAGAGUUUGACAAGAAAUAUAAUCCCACAUGGCAUUGUAUUGUUGGUCGCAAUUUUGGCAGUUAUGUUACUCAUGAAACCAAACAUUUCAUUUACUUUUAUUUAGGACAAGUUGCAAUUUUACUUUUCAAGUCUGGAUAGAGAAAAUGUCAUAACUUCCAUUUUUCUUCGUGGUCAUGGGACUAACAUGGCAGCUCAUUGUCAUAGUUGAAUUUGCUAUAAAAUGUUUUUGUUCAGUGA